AUGGACAAGCACGCGAUAGACGAACCUGUGCCCGUGGGCUUCUUCGACCCCGCGCUGAGCGCCGUCCGCCGGCGCGUCUUCAUCCAGUGGAGUCGCACUGUCUUUAUUCUAUGCGUCUUCGUGCUGGCCGUGCUCUCGCUCUUCUGGGGCUCGCAGUACAGCACCGAGGCCAACUAUCGGGCGCUCUCCGUCUGGGUGGUCGACUUUGAUGGCACCGUCGAUCCCUAUCGGAUUGACGAUCCCAUUGUUGGCCCCGUCGUGACCAAUGUCACCUCCAGCUUCAUCAAUUCGCCGGCGCUGCAUCUAGGCUACGAGAUCAAAUCCCCCGCCGAGUUUGACAAUGACCCCUGGGCCGUGCGCCAGGCUGUCUAUGACGAACAUGCCUACGCGGCCGUCAUCGUCAAUGCCAACGCCACCAGUCUGCUACGCGCCGCCCUGACCGACCGCAACUACACCUAUGACCCCACCGGAGUCAUCCAGUCGGUGAUCAUCUCCGCGCGCGAUGAAAAGACCUACUACGCCUACGUCUUGCCUGAUCUGGCGAUCCUGCAAACAGCUGUGCUGAUGGAGUUCGGCCCGCGGUGGGCCCGCGAAAUCACCUCCACAUCGUCAAGCACCAACCUGUCGCAGACCCCUCCCCAGGCCAUCAACCCAGCCAUCGGCUUCAAUGAUAUCGACCUGCGGCCAUUCACCCCGGCCGUUGCCGGACCCUCCAUGACGAUCGGCCUGAUCUACCUCAUCAUCAUCGCCUUCUUCAACUACCCGUUCUUGAUGGGGAUCCACGCUCAUUUCAUGAAACCAGACGGCCACCCGCCACUCAAAGUACCACACUGGAUCAUUUGGCGAAUUCUGUCCGCCAUCGCGGCGUAUUUCUUCCUCUCCCUCUUUUACUCCCUCGUCUCCCUGGCCUUCAACAUCCCCUUCAGCAAUGAUUCCGCUCCGGAUACGCUGUCAGCAAAUAGCCCGAAUGCCUACGGGAAGGGCUCUUUUGUCGUCUUCUGGAUGCUCAAUUGGGUCGGCAUGGCGGCACUGGGCUUUCCAUGUGAGAACAUGGCCAUGAUCCUGGGUUUCCCGUGGAGCUCGCUGUUCCUCAUCUUCUGGGUCAUUACGAAUGUGGCCACGGGCUUUUACGUGCUUGACUUGGCGCCGGGCUUCUAUGCAUGGGGAUAUGCGUGGCCACUGCAUCGGAUUGUCGAGGCAAUCCGGACCAUCUUGUUCGACACGCACUCGCGCAUCGGCCUCGACUUUGCGGUCCUGUUCAUCUGGGUCGCCAUCUCGCUGGCAUUGUACCCGGUGGCCACUUUCAUCAUGCGGUGGAAGAUGAAGCGGGGGCUGGAAUAA